AAAGAGAAGAGUGUUCUUGUGGCUCUGAUGUGAGCGACAGCGCGAGAGGCGAGAGGCGAGAUAUGGCAGAGGCAGACAGAGAAGGGCAAGACGACAUAAUGUGGGGAUGGAUUGCCUGCCACCGAGUCCAGUCAUCAGCAGCCUCUCUGACCCGACCCACAUAACGAAAAACAAAGGAGCAACGGAGGACGAGGAGGUGCCAGUGCAGGUUCCGAAAGCUUCCGCGACCGCCACUGCACCAGCAGCGCCCUGAAUCAUCUGAGGCCGUCCCUGUUCGAAACUUGGAAGCGCUUGCCGUUGCGAGUGGAAUUCGGAACGUAGAAGGCGAAUUCGGGUGCGUUUGUGCGAGGCGAUUUCGGGGAUUUACGAUGGUUUUCACUCUGUCUGAGUUGCUGCAGCAAUCGUCUUCUUUGGCCUUGAGCGCGUUCAGCUUCAGGGGGGGUUCGGCGUCGAACGCGUCCAGUUGCCAGAGGCGAGUGCAGAAUGUCUCGAAGCCUGCGUGCUUGAGUGUUCAUGGUGGGGUUGGGCUGUCGAGCGCGAGUGGUAGCUCCAGUGGGAUUUCCCCCACGCAUGGAAGUAGUUGUGGGUGGAAAAGCCGGAUUUCUACUCAUGGGAACAGUUUGGUCGUCAGGGCUGGACCGGAAUCUGCCACUCCGACCAAGCCCAAGCAAAGGUAUCCCGGGGAAAACAAGGGAUUUGUAGAAGAGAUGAGGUUCGUAGCCAUGAAAUUGCACACGAAGGAUCAGGCGAAGGAAGGCGAAAAACAAGCAGAUGUUCAGCCUGUUGCCAAGUGGGAACCCACGAUAGCGGGGUUCAUUAAAUUCCUAGUUAACAGCAAAGCUGUAUUCGAUUGUAUGGAAGAAAUCAUGGCUACAGCUUCACACCCCUCUUAUGCAGAAUUUAGGAACACUGGACUUGAAAGGUCAGCGGCACUAUCUAAGGACUUGGAAUGGUUGAAGAGUCAAGGAAAUGAAAUUCCAGAACCGUCAGAGGAAGGAAUAACUUAUGCCGAGUUAUUGAAGAAUUUGUCAGAGUCUGAUCCUCCUGCUUUCAUCUGUCACUUUUACAACGUGUAUUUUGCACAUUCUGCCGGUGGUCGAUUCAUUGGGAAGAAGGUUUGUGAAUCUGUUCUAGAAGGAAAGGAAUUGGAGUUUUACAAAUGGGAAGGUGAUCUUUCGACUACAUUAGCCGCCGUGAAGGAAAAGCUUAACAAAGUUGCAGAGGAGUGGACUCGUGAUCAGAAGAACCAUUGUUUGGAGGAGACCGAACUGUCAUUCAAAUACUCUGGAAAGCUUUUACGCCUCAUUAUAUCAUAAAUCAUGGUUUGUCCAUAGUCACAAAAAUCUGUACUGUGUUUGCUAUCAUUCAAUCCCAUUGUUAAAUUCUCGUCAAUUUAAAGGGCCGUAGAAGGUUCAGGGUGUACACUGUUGGCAUGAGGCUCCCAAGUAGUUGUACAUGUAGUAUCCCGUGACUAUAUUUAGUAAAGUUGGCUGGUCCUCUUGAAGAUUCUGACAGAACUGUCUGAAAGACAGCCAAGAGAAAUCUUCUUUCUGAUAUCAGAUUUUGUAAAAUGCCAUUUAUGUCAAGUGGAACAGGCCAUCUGUUGAGGAAUCCGCCAAAAUGUCAGGUCUAUCAGACCGUGACGGACUCCGCCUAUAACAAAAGUGCUCUUAAAUCCAGUCAUUGAUCCAUACACUUUGUCAUG